CCAGCGCAAGACGUCAUUCCCCUGGCAUCCCGAGCAUUACGAGUCCGGAAAUAUCGGCUGGGAGCGACAAAGGAGCCCGGCUCUCCCACAGCGGUAACCGGCCGGAGCGACACUGGCAUCAUGAGCGGCUUCCGGCAGCAGAAUGUGGAGGACUUCUAUGAGAUGGGAGAGGAGCUGGGAAGUGGUCAGUUUGCAAUUGUGAGGAAGUGCCGGGAACGUAGAACAGGAUUAGAAUACGCUGCCAAGUUCAUUAAGAAGCGCCGCUUAUCAUCCAGUCGCCGAGGAGUGAGCCGGGAGGAGAUUGAGAGAGAAGUAGACAUCCUGAGAGAGAUUCAACACCCAAAUAUCAUCACGCUUCAUGAUGUGUUUGAGAAUCGCACAGAUGUGGUGCUUAUACUAGAGCUAGUGUCUGGGGGAGAAUUGUUUGAUUUCUUGGCACAGAAAGAGAGCUUGAGCGAGGAAGAAGCCACCAUGUUCUUAAAACAGAUUCUAGAUGGGGUCCACUACCUACACCACAAAAGUAUUGCACACUUUGAUCUGAAGCCAGAAAAUAUCAUGUUGCUGGAUCAAAGUAGCCCAAACCCUCGAAUAAAACUCAUUGAUUUUGGAAUUGCCCACAAAAUACAAGCUGGGAAUGAGUUCAAAAAUAUAUUUGGAACACCUGAAUUUGUCGCUCCUGAGAUUGUAAAUUAUGAACCACUUGGAUUGGAGGCUGAUAUGUGGAGCAUUGGAGUGAUCACUUACAUCUUGUUAAGUGGGGCAUCUCCCUUUCUGGGAGAGACAAAACAGGAAACGUUGACCAAUAUUUCAGGUGUUAAUUAUGAUUUUGAUGAGGAAUAUUUCAGUAAUACAAGUGAACUUGCUAAGGAUUUCAUACGAAGACUGCUAGUCAAAGAUCCAAAGAAACGGAUGACAAUUGAUGAGAGUUUGGAACAUUCAUGGAUUAAGGCCAUCAAGCGACGCAAUGUUCGCCAUGAGGACAGUGGAAAGCGGCCAGAGCGAAGGAGGUUGAAGACAACGCGACUUAAGGAAUAUACAAUCAAAUCCCAUUCUAGCAUGCCUCCUAAUAAUACAUAUGUCAACUUUGAAAGAUUCAGCCAUGUGUUGGAAGAGUUAGGAGCUGCAGAAGAUGCGCUCCGUGAGCUACAGAAGAGUCAGACUACUUCGCGUGAAGAUGUUUGUACUCUGCGCUCCAUUUAUGAAGAAAAGGAAAGCUGGUAUCGGGAAGAGCAAGAAGGUGUGACACGACAGCUGAUGGGGCUUCAACAAGAGCUACAGCAUGGAGAAGGUCAACGUCGGCAGCUUCAAGAAGAUCUGCGAACUACCAUGCUAAGUGCAAAUGGUCUGAAGAGGAGAUUUGGCAGAUUGGAAAACCGAUAUGAAGCAUUAGCAGCACAAGUCACUGCAGAGAUGAGCUUUGUUGAAGAGCUACUAAAAUCCAUGGAAAGGCCAGGAGCAGAUGAUGUCAGGAGUGUAUGCUAGAAAUAGAGAAAUCCUGAUUGUGCAUUUCUUGCUAUAUAUUUGUUCUCUGACACACAGACUGUGGAUGUGCUAAGCUAGCACUAUAAAAGAAGAGAAUGAAUACACUACAAUUCCACAUUCUAGUAAAAUGUAAUGGGUUGUCUGAGAGAAUAAAAAAUCUCAGACAAGUUCAUGGAUGGGAUGGUCUAAAAAAAAAAUGUUAUACUUACCUUUAUCUUCAGCGCUGUUCUCUGUGCCACUGGUUUGAUCCUUCUGCCAUUACUUGUUUACAAACUCCAGCAGUGACACUGCAGCCUAUCACUGUCCUUAGCAGUAGACCACUGAGGACUGUGAAUGGCUGUGGCGGUCACAUUCCAUAUACCGGAACAGUAUCUCUGCAGUGGCAGAAUAACCGGAAUGGCACUAUAGAAUAUGAAAGGAUAACAUCACUUUUUUUUAUUUUAGGCCAUUCAUGGGCCUUGUAUACGAUUUUUAAUUAUCUUGGACAACUCCUUUUAAGACCUCUAAACCUCUAGCAGAAUUUGCAUCACAUUGCACUGUUUUACUUUUCAGCCUAUAAAAUGCAUAGUACAAAGAAUUCCAUUUUAUAUAUGACUAUAAUUGAUUUUAUUUUAAUGCUUAUUUUAUACAGUCUUUUUUAUUUUCUUUAUUUUUUUCUUUGUGGAAUAUUUGUUAGUGAUUUAACAAAUCUGUUAACAUGAUCUGAUAGAAGAACUGUGUAUGUUAUCCACAACUUACUGCCACUACAUCUUUUUAUCCCUUACACAUUUGGAUCUGCAAAUACAAAUACAUUUUGCUUAUCCGGGUCUACAAGACGUUCUGUAUACACUGUAAUUUUUCUAAAUGCCUAACCAGAGUCUUCGGUGACUGAGGUUGGAGAGUAAGGGUAUUGGGCAGGACAAAACCAGGGAUUUCACACAUGGAUGAGGAAUUUUUCCCCUUCUCACAUGUAUGCAUUAAAAUCUACUUGCUUGUGUCCAAAAGCAGCUGUGAUCACACAAGCAAUGUGUAAUACAGCUUGACUUUUUCAAUGAUUGCUGCAUCUAUAUUACUGUAAUGAGGACCUAUUCAUUACUGUAUGUUUUGCCGUUCCUCUAUUAUUCUUACUGGACAUUUACAAAUAAGGAUACAGCUAGGCAUUAUCAGUUGGGUUGUGUCCUAACACAGUCUAAAACCUAAAUCUAUAUCUAAUUAGUGCUCCCAGUGUUAGACUAUGCAGGGACACACCUCCAACAUGUAACACCCAGUUGGGCCUUUAUUCAUGAUAUUCUAGCAGAACUAAUAGAGGAUCAACACAAUGUACAGUUAUACGAAAAGAUGCUUCAGAGUUUUUAUUGCAUGGACAAUGCAAGUAGUUAAUAAACAGACAUGUCAGGAGAGGUAAGUCCAGAAUCUUUAGCUUUUAAACAAUACCAAGCUUGUUAUUCUAGGUGCCAUAUUCGGGCCACAGCAUUCUUUUGAAGCUGAUGGCAGCAUAAAAAGUAUUACUUGUCUGUAAGGAUGUAUCCACAUGUAGCCCUUGAGGGAAAAAAUGCAUUAAUUUUAGCCACAGGUUUUGAUGUGGUUUUUACCUUUUACAAAUCAUAGCUGCAUUGAAAAUUUUGUAAAAAAUGCAUGUAGUUUUUUCUGAUGCAGUAUUAUGCUGGUUUUAACCACACUUCAAUUGCUCUGUGUGAACAGUACCCUUAGGAGCCACUCCUUCUUAUGGUUUUAAUCUGUAAAAUUUAGGACAUUUCAACACAAGAAGCAAAAAAAGUCACUAUGCAUACCCUACUAUCUAAACCAGGGAUGGCCAACCUGCGGCUGUCCAGCUGUUGCAAAACUACAAUUCCCAGAAUCAGCCUACAGCAGGGCAUGGUGGGAAUUGUAGUUUUACAACAGCGGAAGAGCCACAGGUUGGCCAUUCCUGAUCUAAACACAUUCACCCAUUUAAGACCAAACUAAAGACAAAAAUGUCAGAAUAUUCUCUAUGGAAAUAUAUUGUUUUAGCUUUGCAUGUAAAUAUUCUAAUAAAAUACCAUUUACUCCCUGA